AUGUCUUACUGCAGAGUCACAAAACGCAAAGGUAACGUGUCCUCCAUCAUCUGUACGUCUCAGGCCAUCUCAGAGGUGAGAGACGUACCUCUGAGUGUUUUCAUUGACAAGUCUCCUGUCAUCACCACAAAGGUGUUUUACUACAGAGAAAACCCAAAGAUUACAGCUGUCCAGCCUGACUGUAGCUUUGACAGGGGAUCAAAGAUAGUGAUUGAAGGGGAGAACCUGGAUUCUGUUUAUUGCACCAUUGUCCGCUUCAAACCCAACGAAAGCCACUUGAAGCCUGUGACAACGGAGUGCAGAGGCAAGUCUUUGCCCACGAGGAUGGAGUGCAUGACUCCUGUGUUCCCCAGGGACGAGACAGAGGAAGGAGAACUCUCCUUUGACAUGGACGGAGCGGUGGGACUCUGGAGCAAAGAGUUCUCCUACCACCCCUACGGCAAACCCAUUCCUUUUGAAACGGAAGGCCAUGUGCUGAGGUUGUACCCUGGGUUUGAUGAAGUCUCACUUCAUCAUCAGAAGCUGAACCUGGUGAGCUCCUGCAUGACCAUCAUCAUGACUGUGGCAGGUGUUGAUUGUGAUGCCAAAGUCCUGGAUAAUGAGAUCACCUGCAGGAUUCCCAAAAACAUGACCAUCCCCAGUGAGGGGCUUCCAGUGAAAAUCUCUAUAAAUGGGCAGAUCCACAACGUCGGCACCGUGGUGCGGGUCAACAACCACUACAUAGUAGGAAUUAUUCUGGGGAUCCUGGCGGCUCUGGUAGCCGGGGCUGUGCUUGCCUUCACCAUCAUGAAACACCUGAGGAAGAAGAAAAAAGCCUCCAUGAUAGAUUCCUGUUUGGGUCACGGUGCCAGUCGCAUUAGGGCUAAUAACGUGGAGCUCUCGCCUUCUGGAGACUACAGACGAGUAGUAUCGCUGAGCCCCCCCACGCCCCUGGUGGGGCCUGUGGUGUUCCCCAGCCUGACCUACGCUGCGGGGAGCAGGGUUCCCACCCUCACCCCGCUCAUGCCUCCAGAGAAAAUUUCCAUCUCCAGUUUUAGACCAGAGUUGCUGGAAGAGGUGAAGGAUGUUCUCAUUCCUGUUGAGAUGCUAAUAGUGCAGCACCAUCAGAUCAUAGGGAAGGGUCAUUUUGGGACCGUCUAUCAUGGAUCCUUCACAGACCACAACAACAGAGAAAUUCACUGUGCUGUCAAGUCCUUAAAUAGAAUAACAGAUGUUGAGGAGGUUGAACAGUUUCUCAAGGAAGGCAUCAUCAUGAAGGGGUUCCAUCACAGCAAUGUGCUGUCUUUGCUGGGCAUCCUCCUGCCCCAGGAAGGGCUCCCUCUAGUGGUGCUGCCUUACAUGAAACACGGGGACCUGCGCCACUUCAUACGCUGCGAGAAGAGGAACCCCACCGUCAAGGAUCUGAUUGGCUUCGGCCUCCAGGUCGCCAUGGGGAUGGAGUAUUUAGCUCAAAAGAAGUUCGUGCACAGAGAUCUGGCAGCACGCAACUGCAUGCUGGACGAGUCGUACACAGUGAAAGUGGCAGACUUUGGCAUGGCCAGAGACGUCUUUGACAAGGAGUACUACAGUGUCCAGGACCACAGGAAGGCUAAGCUGCCUGUGAAGUGGAUGGCUAUUGAAAGUCUGCAGACGCAGAAAUUCACCUCCAAGUCUGAUGUGUGGUCUUUUGGUGUUCUGAUGUGGGAGAUGUUGACCAGAGGAGCAAGCCCAUACCCAGAGGUGGACCCUUAUGACAUCACCCAUUACUUACUGAGAGGCAGGAGGCUUCCGCAGCCACAGUACUGCCCCGACCCUUUGUAUAGAAUCAUGCUUCAGUGCUGGGACCCUGAUCCAGACUUGAGACCCAGCUUUGCUACGCUGGUGUCAGCCGUCUCAGCGAUCUUGUCAAGUCUGGAGGGAGAACACUACAUCAGUCUGAACGUCGCCUACGUCAACCUGGACCAGCCGCGGCCUUACCCCGCUCUCACCGAGUCUGCUGAUGAAUAUGACUCCACCGAUGAAGACUCGUUUACCACCUGAUACUGUACAGCCCUUCUUCUCCCUCGUCCGAAAGCCUGUGUUGAUGCUACGGGCCAACAGCACAAACACAGAACCAGGCCUUUUUACUACAAAGCGUGGGGAACAGAGACACCUUCUGUUAUUUGUUGGAUGAAAGUGGUUGUAAGAUGCUUAUAUCUGACUUAACGACACACUCCUGAAGUUACAAUGGAGGAAUAAUACUUUAAGAAACUAGGUCUUAGAGAGUUGAGCUGGGUGCAGAAGAUGACAGAAUGCCCAGACGUUGUUGGAGUCUUUUUACAGAAAGUGAUAUUUUUUCCUAUCAAGAGUAAAACCAGUAAAAAAGUUAGUUUUGUAUUAUUUUUAAAGGGAUAUGAUAAUAUAUCAACACAUCAGGCUGUAGUACUAUAUUAUAAGCUACUGUAGCCAAACCACUUUACACUGAUUGUAAACAGAAUUUGUUCACAAUCAACGCACAUGUUUUCAGACAGUCUGGUACUGUGCAAGUGAAGGCACUUAAGUAAGGCACCUAGUGAAUGAGCAGCUAUGCUCAUACACACCUCUGAAGUACGUAUCUAGGAUGUAAGUCAUUUUAAAUGCCAGACGGUUCUGUGUACACAUACUGUAUAGCUUCUGAUGCAAGUUUGUAGCAACCAGCAGUCCCUUAUAGAUCCUUUGGUCAUGUAGUUCUUAUUCUGUAUUGUUAUCUGUAUUUUAGAUGUUGACUUCAGUGUUUGUUUAUAGAUGUUUAUAAUAUUUGUUUAUAGAAUUGAUCUUGUGGUUUGAAUGUUAUUGACUUUAUUUGAUUUAUGUCACACAUGGGAGUUCUCUUUCAUUGUUGCCGUGUCAAUGGCUCUCAGUGUUUUGUUGGUCUUUUCCUCUAGAGGUCAGCAUUCUGUCAAAAGUUCUUUGCCUGGCCACUGAUCUGCCUCUGAAAAUGCUCCCUGAACCGUAGCUGCGUGUUCUUUGUGUGUGUUUCAUCUUUUCUGCAGUAACAUAGCAACAUGAAUGACCCAGGAUGUUUCCCCAUCUCUGUGACGCAACCAAUAGGAGCUCUAAAUGCCACGUUAGAUAUUUGGAAAAGAACACAACAAAGCGGGCAUGUUUCUCUUUUUUCAGUACUAUUGUCUUCGUACAUUUGCCAGAAUCAAAUGACUGCAUUUAUAUUCAAAUCAGCUAAAGAGACAGUCGAACUUGUCUUACAAAUACACCAUGUACCAAAGUCUCACAAGCAUAUGUAACGAGUCCCUAUGCUGUAAAUUGACGUCAUGCGUAACUAGUGCACUUCCCCCACAAUGAGUCUGGAGUUGAAUAAAACCAGAGGGAAAAACGA